AUGUCCCCAGAAAAUGGAUCUCCUAUGGUUCUAUUGUGCUGGGGCGAAAGCUCCCAUUGCUCAAUAUUGCCUGUACCAAUUGCAAACUCGGAAGAUGAUGUGGAAACAUGGAGAGAGAUACACAGAGCUUGGUACGCGCGCAGAGGAUAUUGGAGGAAACGUCUGCCAGGAUAUAGUGUCACACGAGUUGACGCUGUCAAGAUCUCACUUCUGGGAUCGAAGAAGGCCUCGAAGGGCCGGGAAAAUUGCGAAUAUAUUGGGAUGUAUACGGGACGCGACAUUCCAACUGAGAGGAAUAUAUUACAACAGACUAUAGACAACUGUGUUCCCAUAUCGGACUGUUUUUACGAUCGUCGCACGGGAACUGUGGAAUGCGGCUAUGGUUGCAAUUGUUUUUCUUGCUUGCCGUACGUCAAUAAUGCUGGGGAAUGCCCAGAAGAAAAAUAUUGUACUGCUAGACGGAACAUUGUACACUUGGACACACUCCACCUGAUGAAACACGCCUUCUCUAACCCCGACCUCGCUGCUUUGAAUGACUUCCUCAAAAAAGAAAAUCUUCUGUACAGCCACCGGGAUGUCCUAGGCCUAACGGAGACUUGGAACAGUUGGCACUGUCCAGCUUUGAGAGAGAUCGAAUUCAGGGGUAUAGUAGUCAGUGAAGGUUGGGCGCUAGAUAAGCAUCAUAUAACUUUGCCUUUGUUAGUCGCUAUAUUACUAGGCGUGGUUGUUGCUGCUAGGUUCCUUUUCGGUUGGGAUACAGCAUGGACAGUUGGCGCCUUUUUUGUCGCACUAAUAUCGCUUCUGUUGUGCAUAUCCUACCAGUUGUAG